AUGAUUGCUUCUGUCAUCCCACUCCUUGUCGCUUUUGCCGGGCUUGCAAGCUGUUCUCCUGUUGCGGAGCCAGUGGCAGCUCCAGCCAUCACGCCCCCGCCUGCUGCCAAUCUCCUCAAGAGAGCAACAAGCUGCACCUUCUCCGGCUCUACCGGUGCCGCAUCGGCGAGCAAAUCGCAGAAGUCAUGCUCAACGAUCAUUCUGACCAAUGUUGCUGUGCCUUCCGGUGUGACUCUGGAUCUCUCUGAUCUCCCGGAUGAUACUCACGUUAUCUUUCAGGGUCAGACGACCUGGGGUUACAAGGAAUGGGAUGGACCUUUACUCCAGAUUGAAGGCAAUGGUAUCACAAUUGAGGGAGCUUCGGGCGCCUAUCUCGAUGGUGGUGGUGCUCGUUGGUGGGACGGCUCUGGUGGCAGUGGCGGCAAGACCAAGCCCAAGUUCUUUUAUGCUCAUGACCUUACCGACUCUACCAUCACCAAUCUUCACAUUCAAAACACGCCCGUCCAAGCUGUCAGCAUCAACGGCGCCGAUGGAUUGACCAUCACAGGCAUGACAAUCGACAACUCUGCCGGUGACUCUGCUGGCGGCAAGAAUACCGACGGCUUUGACAUUGGCUCUUCAAACAAUGUUGUCAUCACUGGCGCCAAUGUGUAUAACCAGGACGAUUGUGUUGCAGUAAACUCAGGAACCAAAAUCACAUUCGAGAACUCUGUGUGUUCCGGUGGUCACGGUUUGUCCAUUGGUUCAGUCGGCGGCCGUUCUGACAACACUGUUGACACUGUCACUUUCUACAAUAACGAGGUCAAGAACUCCGUGAAUGGUAUUCGCAUCAAGGCGAUUGAGGGCGAUACCGGCACGAUCAAGGGUGUCACCUACAACGAGAUUACUCUGCAGAGCAUUUCAAAGUACGGUAUUCUGAUUGAGCAGAACUAUGAUGGCGGUGACUUGGACGGUGGCACACCCUCCAGCGGCAUUCCCAUCACUGACCUCACAAUUGAGAACAUCUCCGGCACUGGUGCGGUCGCCAGCUCUGGGUACAACGUUGUCAUUGCUUGCGGAAGCGGUGCCUGCUCUGAUUGGACGUGGUCCAAUGUCAAGGUGACGGGUGGCAAGACAUACAGCUCUUGCUCUAACGUUCCGAGCGGCAUUUCAUGCUAA